AUGUCGCCAGAUUCAUCCGUGUUGUCUCUAGAAAAAGGCUUUUCAAUGAUGAAACUACUGGCAGGUGUGGAGCAGGUCAAUGACGAAGAAACUAAAGAGUUAAAUAACUCCCAAACGCUUAUUACUAAUAACAACAAUAUUAAUAACAAUAAUAAUAAAUCAAGCUCUGAUAAAGAAGUUACUAAACCAUGUUUGAGAAAAUUGAAGACAACUGCACACGUCAGACCAAAGGAGCCAGCUGAUUCGCCAAUAAAAGGUGAAAUUACUCCAGAAGAAGAAGAAAAAUUGCGACGGCUGCUACCGAUCGAGGAAGCACCUGAAUAUCUUACACACAACCCAUUCAUUUUACACGGGUAUCGUGGGUACUUGACAACUAAAUUAUGUAUAGAAAGUAUAUUCUGGUGGACAAAUGAAACCAUAAAUAUAUGGAGUCAUAUAUUUGGUUGGAUGCUCUUUUUAGGUCUAACAGCGUACGACCUUUGCUUGCUCAAUAUACACGCUCCUUUUGGAGACAAAAUAAUUGUUGCGCUUCUGCUGGUGUGCUUUCAGGCCUGUAUGAUUUUAUCAUCGAUUUAUCACACGUUUUCAUGCAGGAGCGAAAGAGACUAUUGGUGUUUUUUGUGCUACGAUUUAUUCGGAAUAGCGCUUAGUUUACUUGCUAUUUAUAUGUCUGGAGAACUACAACAAUUUUACCUGAUAACUGUAUUGCUCAUAUUCGUAAUCGCGAUGGUACUGCAGAUACCGAGUCUUGAAGUAAAUGGUAACGUUAAAUUGCUGGUAUUCGUUGGCUGGGCGGCAUACGGUGUGUUACCAACACUUCACUGGGGUAUCGCUAUGGGCGGCAUGGAGAACCCAAUCGUUAACAUGCUGAUACCAAGAGUAUUAGGAAUGUAUGUUAUUAGUGGGUGCGCAUUUGCUAUUUAUAUGAGCAAAAUUCCCGAGAGGUUUUUCCCAGGUUCAGUAGACUACAUCGGAUCCUCUCAUCAAUGGUGGCACGCUCUUGUAGUACUCGCUUUAUAUUACUGGCACAACACCGGUAUGCUUUACGUCGAGUACCGUAUGAAUCAUGGAUGCCCCACUAAUAUGAAGUUGUGA